AUGUCGGAGGCCAUCAAGAUCGACAACAAGCUCUUUCAGGAGCGCGUCUCCCACUUCGUCAAUGCCUGGAAGGCCGACAAGCGAUCUGGAGAUGCCCUCUUCGGAGGCGCCUCCUCCAUUGUCAUCAUGAUGGGCAAGAUGGAGGAGGCCCAGGGCUUCCAAAAGAACAAUGCUAUGCACUUCUGGCUGCUAGGCUACGAGUUCCCCACCACCCUGAUGCUCUUCACCACCGAAACCCUGUACAUCCUGACCACCCAGAAGAAAGCCAAAUAUCUCGACCAGAUCAAGGGCGACAAAUUCCCUGUGGAGGUGCUCGUACGGGGCAAGGAUGCCGAGGAGAACAAGAAGCUCUUCGUCAAGGUCGCCGAGAUCAUCAAGAAGGCUGGCAACAAAGUCGGCGUCAUCUCCAAGGAUGCCUCCAAAGGCCCCUUUGUCGACGAGUGGAAAGCGGUGUUGGCCGAGGAAUGCAAGGAUGUAGACGAGGUCGACAUCACCGCUGCCCUUUCUACGGCUGCCUUCUCGACCAAAGACGAGGCCGAGCUCCGUGCAGUUAGAAACUCAUCGAAGGCUUGCGUCGCGCUGAUGCACUCUUACUUCCUGGACGAGAUGUCCACUAUACUCGACCAAGAGAAGAAAGUCAAACACCGAGUUCUGGCCGACAAGGUGGACGGGAAGCUCGAUGACGAGAAGUUCUGGAAGACAGUGAAGCUGCCAACAUCGGGCAAGCUUGCGUCAGACUUUGAUCCUACCCAACUGGACUGGACCAUAGGCCCAGUCGUCUACAGCGGUGGGAAAUUCGACCUCAAGAUGCAAGUGGAAUCCAGCGAGGAAAACCUUCAUCCCGGCGUCAUCGUUGCCGGUAUGGGCCUUAGAUACAGGUCCUACUGCUCCAGUAUCGCCCGGACAUACAUGGUGGACCCGAACAAGACGCAAGAGUCUAACUACAAAUUCCUUCUCACGGUCCACAACUUGAUUUUGAAAGAGAUUCGAGACGGAGCCGUGGCGAAGGAUGUCUACAACAAGGCCCUCAGUUACGUCAAGAGCAAGAAGCCAGAGUUGGAGAAGCACUUUGUCAAGAAUGUCGGAUUUGGCAUUGGCCUCGAGAACAAGGACCCAACUCUCGUCUUGAAUGGCAAGAAUGCUCGUACCCUGAAGGAUGGAAUGACACUCUGCGUUUCCACUGGCUUCCAGGAUCUCGAGAACCCUCAGCCUCAGGACAAGAAUAGCAAGAUCUACUCCUUGAUUGUGACAGACACCAUUCGUGUCACCGGCGAAGGGACCGUCAAUUUCACCGGGGAGGCAGCUGCUGAUCCCGACUCCACGUCGUUCUUUUUCAAGGAUGAUGAGGAGCAGCAACCGGCACCUAAAAAGGAGAAGAAAGACUCACGUGUCGGCGCCGUCGCUGCCAAGAAUAUCACCAGCUCUCGUCUACGGUCAGGCCGCGGCCACGACAAAGACGAAGAGGCUGAGAACAGGCGCAAGGAACAUCAGAAGGAAUUGGCAGCCAAGAAGCAAAAGGAGGGCCUGGCGCGCUUCGCCGAGGCCACAAGUGACCCGAACGGCGGCGAGGCCAAGAAGUUCAAGCGCUUUGAGUCCUACAAGCGUGACAACCAAUUCCCACCCAAGGUUCGCGACAUGGGCAUUGUUGUCGACCAGAAGAACUCGACCGUCAUUCUGCCCGUGAUGGGUCGCCCGGUCCCAUUCCAUAUCCAGACAAUCAAGAACGCGAGCAAGAGCGACGAGGGCGAAUGGUCUUUCCUUCGGAUCAACUUCCUGUCGCCUGGACAAGGAGUCGGCCGAAAAGACGAUCAGCCUUUCGAGGAUGCGUCCGCCCACUUUGUUCGAAGUCUCACCUUCCGUUCGACGGAUGGCGACCGAUACACAGAGAUAGCGAACCAGAUCUCCAACAUGAAGCGAGAUCUGACCAAGAAGGAGCAGGAGAAGAAAGACAUGGAGGAUGUUGUCGAGCAGGACAAGCUCGUCGAGAUUAGAAACCGUCGCCCGGCCGUCUUGGAUAAUGUCUUCUUGCGACCGGCAAUGGAGGGCAAGCGUGUUCCUGGCAAGGUCGAGAUACACCAGAACGGUAUCCGAUACCAGUCGCCGCUCAACCCACACCAGAGAGUCGACAUUCUCUUCUCCAACGUUCGCCAUCUUUUCUUCCAGCCCUGCGAGCACGAGCUUAUUGUUAUUAUCCAUAUCUAUCUCAAGGACCCGAUCAUCGUUGGCAACAAGAAGAAGACAAGGGAUGUCCAGUUCUACCGGGAGGCUACUGACAUUCAAUUCGACGAGACGGGCAAUCGCAAGCGCAAGUACCGAUAUGGUGACGAAGACGAGUUUGAGGCAGAACAGGAGGAGCGCCGCCGACGUGCGGAGCUCGACCGUCUGUUCAAGGGCUUCGCUGAGAAGAUUGCCGAGGCCGGCCGGAAUGAGAGCAUCGAAGUCGACAUGCCCAUAAGGGAUCUUGGAUUCCAUGGCGUUCCAUUCCGCAGCAACGUCUACAUCCAGCCAACCACGGAAUGUCUGAUCCAGCUUACUGAGCCACCGUUUAUGGUCAUCACUUUGGAAGAUAUCGAGGUCGCACAUCUUGAGCGAGUUCAAUUCGGUCUCAAGAAUUUUGAUCUUGUUUUCAUUUUCAAGGACUUUACAAGACCGCCUUACCAUAUCAACACGAUCCCAGUGGAAUCGCUGGAGGACGUCAAGGACUUCCUCGACUCCUCAGACAUUGCAUACAACGAGGGUCCGUUGAACCUGAACUGGCCUACCAUCAUGAAGACGGUCACCGCCGACACGCACCAAUUCUUCGCCGAUGGUGGCUGGUCGUUCCUUGCAAAUGACAGCGACGAUGAAGAUGGCGACGAGGAGGAGGAGCAGGAAAGCAACUUCGAGAUCAGUGACAGCGAGCUUGAGGAUGCUUCCGAGUCCAGCGAGGAGGACUCAGAUUUCGACUCCAACGCUUCCGCGGACGCCAGCGAUGAGGAGGCCAGCGAAGAGGACGAGGGCGAGGAUUGGGAUGAAUUGGAGCGGAAGGCCAAGAAGCGAGACCGCGAGGCGGCUGCUGAGGAGGAGGAAACACGCGGCAAGAAGUCGAAGAAGCAGAGACGUUAA